AUGGCCCGGCCAUCACCGGGGCGCCGCGGCGGGUCCGCGCUCGGCUACCACUGUGCCCCCGCCCCGAACCCCCGCCCCAAUUCAUUCCCGUUCCCCCACUCCCCAGGGCCAGCCACCCUGGUCUGCACCGGGAAAAGUUUCCGACCCCUAGCAUUAGCCCCGCACCGGAGGAAACUGCGGGCGGUGGCGGUGACGAUGCUGCAGGACCGGUGCAGGUGGAUGUGCGUCAGCGCUCGCAGGGCCCUGCUCAUCCUGGGCAUCCUGGAACACCGUGAUGAAGCCGAACUCCAAGAGUCCCUGGAGGCCGCCCUGUGGCCGGUGGGCCACGUUACCGUGCUGGGCGAAGUGUUUCGAGAGGAGGAGAAUGCCACUGAGGCCCUGGUCGAGCUUCACCGGAAAGUCGAUUAUGCUUUGGUCCCCAGGGAAAUCCCAAGCGCUAGAGGUCCCUGGAACAUGGUCUUUGUGCCCCGAUGCUCAGGAGAGGAGUUUCUAGGUGGCGCGUUCCCCUUCCUGUGGCAACAGGGGCAGACGGUGGAGAGUGUGGCCGGUGCCCUGGGGCUGAGGCUGGGGCUGAGGCUUGGGCUGCGCAGGGUGGGCUGGCUCCCAUCCAUCAGUCAGGCGGUCCAGCCUUGGGUGAAGACCCUGCGGUACCAGCGCCUGGGCGUGUUUUCCGGGAGGGACCAGCCGGACCCCGGGGAGGAAUCCUGUGAGGCCUGGCUAACUACCUCUGACAUGCUGCAUGUGCGGCGUGGGCUUUUGGAAAGGGAGAGGAGGAGGAGGAGGCUAAUGGAAGGCCUGCGAGGGAUGGCCCUGCAGUUCGUGCACAGGAUCCUGGUGGAGAACCCUGCCAGGACCGCACAGGACUGCCUGGCGGCUUUGAUCCAGGUGUUUGGAGACAACGAGUCCCAGGCGACCAUCCGGGUGAAGUUUGCUCAACAGCAGUCAGGUGAGUGCCUCUCUGCUUUUGUGUUGCGGAUGGAAGCCCUGCUGCACAAAGCCAUCAAGAGAGGGACCCUGACCAGAGCCUCAGCUGACCGUGUGCCCCUGAGGCAGGUGCUCACUGGGGCCAGCCACACUGAGCCCCUGGAUGAAGCACUGGCAAAGCUGAGAGUGGUUGGGAGGCCUCCACGUCUCAUGGAGAUGCUGAGAAGCGUCUGAGAGUCUGAGGCGUGGGAAGCCAGUCUAGCCAGGAGCAAGAGAGCCCAGGCAGGGGAAGGGGCUGCUGCCCGGGCCAAUGCCCAGGCUGAUGCCAGAGCCAGAGCUAAGGCAGAGGAUGACAGUGUGGAGGAGGAACAGGGGGAGGUGCACGUCGACGACAAGGACCCCACACCUGCGCGCCCAGUGAUCAAGAUGACCAUGUUUGACACCAAACUAGGCAGGGAGAGAUGCCCCCCUGCUUUGCCACGGCAGCACCACAUCCAGCCCCUGCUCCAAAGCCUGCCAGCUCAGGCGGCUGACCUGGGAGCAGCCCUGAGUGACCAGCUCUCACCUGGGCCCCAGAGGGACCCAGGUGUCAAGGAACCCCCCAGCCCCCGCUCCCCUCCCCCCAACACACACACCCUAGCCAUCGUCCCCCCGCAGAGCCCUGAGGUGCGCCACGUGCCAGCCAAGGCUCUGGUCUCUGUGGGCCAGUGUCGUGAGCUCAACUUCCCCCAACCCCUGUGCGGCGUGGAGACCCCGAGCCCAGUCCCAGGAGCCAGCGGGAAGGACGGGAUGGACGAGGUCACAGCCAGCGCCCACCCCAGGACCUGGGAGCCCACCUGCGACCUUGGGAAGGAAGACCUGGACCGGGAUGGCAGGAGUGUGCACCGCGCGAGCCGUGGUUCCGGACGGGUGGUGGUCGUGGUGUACAGGCGCUUCGGCCUGUAG